AUGAAUGUCCGGGACUUAAAUCGAAUGGUUUAUAAAAAUGAAGGAUACCUUUAUUCCUAUAUAUACUUGGCUAUCGAGUGGCUCGAGCCCAUUGUCCGCAAGAUCACUCCAUUACCAUCAUGCCUCGAUCUAAAUGGCAAAACGGCGGUCGUCACUGGGUCAAGUGCGGGUAUGGGUUUAAAAGUGGCACGGCUACUCCUCAAACUCAAAAUAUCAACCCUCAUCCUCGCUGUGCGGAAUGUACCUAAGGGCGGGGCCUGCAAUAUUGGUCUGCAAAAGUUCAACUCGGAUGCAAGAAUCACAGUUCUUAAACUGGACAUGGAUGACUAUGAAAGUGUUCAAACUUUUGCAAAGGGGCUCCCCAGAGGGACUCCCGUGGUUAAUAUCGUGAGUCUCAACGCGGGAAUUGGGUUGCUGAAGCUCGAACGUAGCUCAAGUGGUCACGAUAGAGCCAUCCAAGUGAAUUAUCAUUCAAAUAUCUUACUAGUUGCUGAAUUACUUCCACAUCUCCAAGCAAGUGCGAUCAAGAGCGGUUCUCCAACCCGAAUUACUUGGGUCGGCAGCCGCAGUCACCACCUCACCAAUUUCGAGAAGAAAGCACCCAUAAAGCCAGAGGAAGUUAUUUUUGAGCACAUAGACUCGGAGGAGUUCUUCUUCCCUUUUCAGAGACACGGAGACUCGAAGCUUCUCUGUGCCAUGUUCAUGGAUGGUAAAUCUAUACGUGCGCGGCCAGUUGAGGUGGGUGGCUGGAUUAUCCUAAAUGCAGCACUAGUCGCAGGAGCAGAAUCUCACGGAAGGUUUCUUGGAGAUAAAGAAAUAAUAGAGCCAUCUCAAUAUAUCCAGUCUCUAGCAGGACGAGAGGUGCAGAAGAAAUUAGGGUUGGAGAGUAUAGCGGAAGUAGUGAAGCUCACACCGCUUCCAGCCGAAUUGUCUGCACAAGAAUAAGGUUUGACGCCAGUUGGAUUUUACCAGCAUGUAGUCAAAAGAGGAAAGCUCUAUUUCUGGAAUACAAUCCUAGGACUAUUUCUUGAGCUUCAUUGUUCGUUUAUAUCUUUAUCUAAUUUGAUUAGAUUUGAUGGUUUGCU